AUGGCGGCGACAGUGACUAUGGUUGUAGUGCCAAUGGCAGAAGUGGCGGUGACUGGUGGAGUGGAAAGUGCAAUAGGGGCGUGUGUGUUAGCCAAGGAGACUGCCAAGGAUUGGAAGGGCCUCCGCGUCAUGGUCCAGAACCUUCAAGCCAAGGUCUUCGUUGUCUCCUCUGUUGCCGCCCUCAUUAUUAAGGCCCUUAAGGAACCCGAGCGCGACUGUAAGAAGACGAAUAAUAUCAAGCAUAAUGAAAACAUCUUCCUCAACGACGUCAUUGAGAUCGCGAAGGUCAUGUGGCACAGGUCCAUGGCCAAGGACCUCUCUGGGACCGUCAAGGAGAUCCUCGGUAUGUGCAUGUCUGUCGGUUGUGUGAUCGAUAGGAAAGACCCCAAGGACUUGCAGUAG